AUGUGUUGGCAGAUUUUGUGCUGCGCGAAAACUCUCUCUCAAUUCUGGAAGAGAGGCACUGUCGACCCGAAAAAAGUCGUGCGCAACUUUGUUUAUGAUACGGCAAAGAACGGAAAGAAAGGUCACAAAAUCCGUGUAGAAAUUGAUCAAGAUGCUGAAACGCGUGCUGAAGGAGAUGAAGUUGAUGCAUCGCGUGUUGGAGGAGAUCAGGAUGCUCCAAUUUGUGUUAAAGAAGAGAAAAUCUUCACCAUCUGCGAUAAAGUGAAUCAAGAUGCCGAGAUGCCAAUACAAGAAGAAGAAAGUAUGAAUUAG